GGACAUCAAUAACAGCAGGAAGGAAGACGAGUGAGGGCAAAACAAGUGUUUUAUGUUUUUUUUAAAUUGACAAAUUGAUUCAAAGGUUCAAAGCGUUAAAUAAGUUUAUCACUCCGUUCAAAAUGAGUGACGCAGUUUUCUCUUACGAGAGUUUGGUUCACGCUCUUUCAGGAGCCAUGGGAAGUGUGACUGCCAUGACAGUGUUCUUCCCUCUUGAUACUGCAAGACUAAGGCUUCAAGUGGAUGAAAACAGGAAGGCCAAAUCAAGUCACGCCAUUCUGGCAGAAAUUAUCAAAGAAGAAGGACUAUUAGCCCCGUACAGAGGCUGGUUCCCUGUCAUCUGCAGCCUGUGCUGCUCCAACUUUGUCUACUUCUACUGCUUCCACAGCCUGAAGGCCGUGUCGCUUAAAGGAAAACAGUCAGCGCCCAGCACUGACUUACUCAUAGGGAUCGCUGCAGGUGUUAUAAAUGUACUCGUUACCACUCCUCUGUGGGUCGUCAACACCAGGCUGAAGCUUCAGGGUUCCAAGUUUCGCAACGCAGACAUACGGCCCACCAACUACUCUGGCAUUCUGGAUGCUUUCGUGCAGAUCAUCCGUGAUGAGGGUGUGGGAGCCCUGUGGAACGGGACCUUCCCAUCCCUGCUGCUGGUGCUGAACCCUGGCAUACAGUUCAUGAUUUAUGAAAGCCUGAAGAGGCAUCUGAGGAGAGGAGUUCCCAGGGAGCUGUCAUCCAUAGAGGUCUUCAUCAUCGGGGCGGUUGCCAAAGCUAUUGCUACCACGGUUACGUACCCACUGCAGACUAUACAGUCCAUUCUCAGGUUUGGUCAGUUCAACGAGUCAACAGACAACUCCAGACUACUGACCAGUCUGAGGACUAUCAAGUGUCUGUUGGUCAACAGAGUGAGGAAGUCUGGUAUGUUGGGUCUGUUUAAAGGCCUGGAAGCCAAGCUGCUGCAGACGGUGCUGACUGCGGCUCUCAUGUUCCUUCUCUAUGAGAAGAUCGCCAGCUGCACCUUCAGAGUCAUGGGAAUGAGCCCCCACCAUUACAAGAAACAAUAGCUGGAAAGAAGAAUCACAAACAAGGACACUUGUACUGACUGACUGUAUCAACCACUGCUGACAGACUUCCCCUCCCUGGAAAUCUGUCCUUUCUGCCAUAAAUACUCUAACCAAUAAAAUAUUUCACAAAUUUUAA